UCGCAAGCGUGAAGUUAGCUAUAACCUGUAAAAAGUCGUUUCGCGCCAUUCGCAGCCAGACGUGCUCCCGGAAGGAAUAUUUAAUACAUAUUUAUGUAAUUUAUUUAUACAUAUUGUUUUAAGCUUAUUUUUUUAACAAACAUGACGGAUUCUAUUAGUGAAGACUCGGUAACGAAAUUAAACACGCAACUGAAUAAGUCGAUGGUACUAAUGGAAGAUGCUGUAGAUACUACGCCCAAAAAUAAUAAACGUAAAUCUAUUACGAUAAACACGAAAACGCAACCACCCAGCACGUCAAAGAGUCCUGUAGUUAAAUCACGUAAGAGUAUCUUGAAGAAAUCUGACAAAUCGUUGAAUAAGGAUUCAAUGAACAAUGAAGCUGAGAUAAACAGUAGCAUUAAAGAGUCAAGCAAUGUACCUGCUCCAAGAUUAUCGUCAUCUUCCUCGAAUUCAAGACCACGUACUCUUCAAGAAAUAGUUAAGAAAGAAAAUUUAGAAGAGGAAAAUAUAUCCUGUACGUAUAGUUUGGAAGAUAUAUCGGACAGUGAAGACAUUUGGAUCAUGGAUCUUCCUAGAUCAAUAGAUCCACAAGAACUUCGUGGUCAAACGAUAGCCUUAGAAGAUAAAUCAAAAUUUAAAAUUAAAGAUGAACGAUAUUGUAUAAUUACGCAAAAUAGGAACUACAAUGUUACAUGUGUCUUUAAUACCAAGAAGACUGCGCAUGUGUAUAAAACUGUAAAUAUCAAGCCAGCGGGUUCAUUAACUGUAAGGAGGAAAUUAUCUGGAGCACCGGGAGUAAAACCGGUGGCUGUAGAAAACUCUGGUGUGGAGUUUCCUUACGAUUUAAAAACAAGACAUCCAUUGUUUGGUGUAAUUCGCGAACGUAAGAGGAGAUCGAGGAAACAUAGUUUUCCUAAAACAAACUAGGUACAUAAUUGAUUGGAGCAAAUUUGAUAUAUAACUAGUAAAAGCAACAAGGUAUCUUUGAUACAAGAAUUCUUGUAAAAAGAAACCUGCAAGAAUCGUUUUUUCACUAUGACGACAGCAAUAUAUGUACAAAUAUGUAUUUUUACGAACAUAUAUUCAUACAAAUGCUAAUCAUACGAUAAAAACAUUCAAUGCAUUCGAAUAAAAAUGUAUAAAAUAUUCUAUA